AUGAACCGAAUACCAAAUAAUGGGGAACCAGGAAAUGACACUCUGGCUGAUGAAAGAGAUGUUGCAGUGAAGAGGAAGUCGUCCACCCAGAAGGACAAGAUCUCCAUACUACGACAAGAGCAAAUACUCGAGUACAAGAAAAAGGUAACCAAGGAGGAAAGACGACGCAGGUAUGCUCUACGACACGGCGAUGGUUCUGAUGACGCCAACCACGGACAGGGAACAGAGAAUCCCAGUGAGGAAAGUGACCAGUCUCCACGAAAGAAGAAGCGAGUAAGCUUUGAGUUGUCUAAUCGGUCGAUGCAAAAAGUGGCCAGUGAUGAAGACGGUAAUGCUAAGACUUAA